AUGCUCCGUGGUGAUGUCGACGUCGAUGUCGACGUCGAUGUCGAUAUCGAACCCAGACCGCCCGACCAUGGUAUUCAUCUACCAUCUCUAGCCACUACCGCUACUCGCCCUGGGUACCGCAAUGCCACCACGUCUUCUGCCUCCGAUUUCUUUGUCGACCUGCCCCAACUCCCCAUGGCGACCGAACUUGCACUUGCCGCCCUUGCGACCCUACCGACACCAAUCCUCGUUCUCUCCUCCUUGAAGACUGUCCUUUUGGCCAAUUCGGCCGUGGGAAGGUUGCUGGGGGCGGAUCAAGAUGAUCCUGACUUCAACGUGAACGACUUCCUUAAGGGUCAGACGCUGUCGCAGUUGGGCAUUGACAUGGUCUCAGAUGGCGGCGUUCCAGUAUGGGUCAGCUGGGAAAGAUUUCUGGACAACCUUGCCAGUGACUUGCAUUCUGCUGCACGAGACAGACUCCCUUCGGGGAAUCUACUACGCGAUGUAAAGAGCGGAGAGACAACUCCCAUGGGUGUUGCCGGAACCGCUGCAAGAGGUAGGUCACCGAUGCAACGUCGUACUGAAAAGACUCAAGACACUGUGGUCGACGUGAUCAUCUCCGGCUAUCAUGAUCAAGCACCAAAUCGCAACGCUCGUCAGAAACAUAACAAGACCCAUCGUAAUGUCCACACCACCUGUCGAAUGAUAAUCAGUAUCUGGGAGUUGGAAGGACAGCGAUAUUUCACUUUGACGUUUACAAGCUCCGGGGGUCACGCCCCCCGUAAGCCUUUGUCACACUCAUUCGGCAAUGCUCGUCAGCCCUCGUCCCAUUCAACCAGGUCAUCCCGUUCAUCACAGUCCCAGACACCUGUCUCCUCCACAGGAACCUCCCAGAUCACUUCGCCCGCUGAGCAGCCGCAUGCCGGUGCUUUCCCUCCCAUCGCCCCUCCAGCUCAAUGUUCAGUCCCGUCCGCCCCAGCAGACUUUCAGAAGGUUCUGAAGAUGAAGAACGCUAUGUUGAGCGCAAUCGAAAUCCCCCUUAUUGCCAUGUGGAAAGAUGAGAGUGUGGUCUUUCCGAAUCUGGCCGCUCGCAAGUUACUGGCAGUCGAGACUGAUCCCACGUCGGAUGAGUCGUACGAUUUCAUGUCGCGGUUUCGCCCAUGGACUGCCGAUUUCUCUCGAGAGCUCCAAGAGGACACCAAUCCCGUCCUCGCACUGUGUCGAACGCAGCAGCCCUUUACAAACUGGAAGAUUGGCUUAGUCAAUGAAAAGACGGGCAGAAAGUCCAGUUUCGACGUGAGUGGACACCCUGUCUACGACGAAAAGUCAGGGGAGUUUCUGGCAGGCUUGGUAGCUUUCAAGGAUGUCACAGAGUACACCGAGCAGAUUGCACUCCAGACAGCAGAAAACGAAGAACAAUUCCGCCUCAUCUGUGAUAUGAUGCCACAAAUGAUCUGGACCACGAGAGCUGAUGGCUAUCAUGAUUAUUACUCUAGAAGAUGGUAUGACUAUACUGGUCUGACUCCCGCCAAUUCCUUGGGUCAAGGUUGGAAAUUGCCUUUCCAUCCAGAGGAUAUGCCUGAAACCAUGCGUCGAUGGCGUCAUGCUGUCGCGACCGGAGACGAGUACAUCACAGAGUAUCGCUGCAGAAGGUUUGACGGCCAAUGGAGAUGGAUGCUCGGGAGAGCCCUGCCCAUGCGUGACCAUAAGACAGGCAAGAUUCUGAAAUGGUUCGGCACGUGUACAGAUAUCCAAGAAGUUGUCGACGCCAAGGUUUCUGGACAAAGAGUUCGACGGCAAUUGCUGGAUGUGUUAAAACACUCACAAAUGACAAUGUGGAUUCUCGAUCGACACCUGAAUGUGAGUUUCCAUGAAGGUUCCUUCGUUAUGGGGGAUGCGACAACCGACAGAAUUAUUGGUGCCCCUGUCCUCGACGUUUUGCACAAUCAUCUUACUCCACAAGCCAUUGAAAAAUUCCGGGAGGCUCUGCUCCGCAUCCUAUCAGGAGCAUCCGAUCUGGAAAUAUGCGAGAAUGAGGUGAAUUCUAGAUGGUUUCGAUCCAAGAUGGUACCGUUGAAGGGCAAAACAGGCCCUAAUAGGGUAGAAGAUGAUGACUAUAUUGCUGGAGUCAUUGUCAUUGGAUCCGACGUUACCUCCCUCCGGCACAAAGAACAAGAAAAUAUUAUAUUGCUUGCAAAGGAGACAGCGGCUAAAGAAGCGAGCAAGAUGAAGAGCAGCUUUCUUGCCAAUAUGUCUCAUGAGAUCCGGACACCCAUCGCAGGAGUGCUUGGAAUGUCGGAGCUGCUCAUGGAUACCUCCCUGGAUCUGGAACAAAGCGAGUUCGCCCAAAACAUUCAAAGGUCAGCCAAUUCUCUUCUUACCGUCAUUAACGACAUCCUGGACUUCUCCAAGAUCGAGUCCGGCCGGCUUGACAUUGAAGAAGUGCAGUUCAGUCUCAACCACGUGCUCCGCGACGUUGCCAAAAUGCUUUCAUUUGCAGCUCAACGCAAAGGACUCGAGUUCAAAAGUGCCAUCGAUCUCAGACGAUCUGAGGACCUCAUUGUGUUGGGCGACCCUGGCCGAAUACGACAAAUUCUGGUCAACCUUCUGACCAACAGUAUCAAGUUCACUUCCAAGGGUUUCGUCAUGCUCAGCACCCGUGUCGUUUCCGAAGUCAAUGACACGAUCACAAUUGAAUUUUGUGUCGAAGACAGCGGCAUUGGCAUAGAGGAAGAAGUCAAGAAGAGGCUGUUUAGACCAUUCAGUCAAGCCGACUCAAGCACCGCAAGGCGUUUCGGAGGGACUGGUCUCGGCUUGACGAUAUCCAGAAACUUGGUAGAUCUGAUGCAUGGGGUAAUUCGCCUGGAUUCCAAGCUUGACGCAGGAACCAAAGCUAUCUUCAGUAUUCCGUUCAAGAAACUUGAAUAUCAAAAUGGGUCCACCAUGGCUGAGCUCGAAGUCGGGACGAUGCCCGAUCGGGCACAACCAGACUUCUCUCGCUCCAAAGAUUCAUCAAAAGAAGAAGAUCGAAAAGAGCACAAGAUUAUGACCUCAACCAGGUCAUCAGGAGACACAAGCGAGGGCGGUGAUCAUGCUCAAGCGAUGCAGUCAAAUCCAGGGGUCGAAUCUCCCGAGGCUGAACUUGACAGAGGUCAGAUACAUAUAAUGGUCGUCGAAGACAAUCCUGUCAACCAGCAAAUUGCCCUCAGAUUCAUCAAAGCACUGAGGUUUUCUACUAUUGCGGUGUGGAACGGCAGGGAGGCCCUUGAGUAUCUUCUCAAAGCCACUUCGCGCGACCUCACUCCGGAGCAGUCGCAGCAAUAUCCGACUCCUUCACUUAUACUAAUGGACUGUCAAAUGCCCGUAUUGGAUGGUUACCACGCCACACAUAUGCUUAGGCAUCACGCGCCAUUCAUGGACAUUGAGACGAUCGCAAAAAUUCCAAUUGUGGCCAUGACCGCUUCGGCGAUUCAAGGCGACCGGGAAAAGUGUGAGAAAGCGGGAAUGGACGACUAUAUGGCCAAACCAGUCAAGCGUGCUCUAUUAGAGAAAACCAUAAUGAAAUGGAUAUCCAAGGCCCGCAAAGGCUACAGGCACCAAAAUUGGCCAGAAGCCUCCACAGAAUCCCAGCGACCAUCACUCGGAAGCGGGUGCACCGAGCAUUCGUCGACUUGCGCCCAAAUUGAUGCUAUCACCGCCGAAUUCUAUGCUCGCACCGGAACAGCAAGCAGCCUGCCUCCUGCGGCAAAUGACCACCCGCCUGCCUCAGCGCUCGGUGCUAGUAUUGUGAAUGAAACAGCCGCUGCGCUACGGUCUAAUAUUUCCAGGGCUAUCCUCGCCGGGGAAAUUCCAGGAGGUGGAACAGAAGGAGACCGAACAAUGAGGAGAGUCGAGGCUGAAGACAAAGCACAGGCACUCCGGGACGCCAAGCUGAUGUCAGUGACCGAUCUAAAUCAUGGCCAAUCGAUCAUUGCUCCCACGAUCAUGGUAGACGGCAGCUUCGUGCCGAAUCCUCACUCGUCCGAUCUGGCCCAACCGGCUGCUGGAGAUGCCGGACCUUCGACGACAAUGGCUUUGACGGAAGAGAAUGUCUACCGCUUCAAUAAUACACAAGACCACAGUCCCAUAGUCAUGGGAACCCUUUCCCCGGAAAUGAGGUCUCAAAUGUCAGUCUACCCGCUCUCAGAACUUCCAGGACCACCGCCAGAGGGUACACUUGCUGCAGUAGACCUGGCUAGCGUCGACGCCAAUGCCGAGGUCCUGUUAUCGUCGAUGGUGGAAACGGCAGAGUCUUCGACUCCGCCAUCGGAAAAUAUCAGGUCAUCUGCAAAUCCAAGUAGUGUUCGGCCUCAGACCCGACAAGAUGUGGGCGGGCUGGUUCCCGACAGUCGACGGAGAAGCGACUGGAGUAUGAGUACAGCCCGACCAGAGAAAGGCCGAUAA